AUGAGACAGGAAAAGACUCAGUGGAAGGAUUUCCUAGAGAAUAUCUGUGUUCUCAAAUGGAUUUGGAGCUUCCUCCUCUUGGGCCCGGUUUGUAUUGGCUUGAUGGGGUAUCUUAUGUUUACUUCUCUGUGGCUGCUGCCUGUUCUCUACCUAAUUUGGCAGUUGACAGACUGGCAAACACCUGAAAGAGGGGGGAGGAGGAGUGCAUUUGUGAGAAACUGGACAGUUUGGGAGCACGUACGGGACUACUUCCCAAUGAAGUUGGUGAAGACGGCAGAGUUGAAUCCUAACAAGAACUACAUUUUAGGCUGUCACCCUCACGGAGUCCUGAGUAUCGGAGCAUUUAUCUCUUUUAGCACUGAGGCCUGUGGCUUUAAGGACCUCUUCCCCGGAGUGUGCUCUUAUCUCUGCACUCUGGGCGGCCUGUUCAAGAUCCCCCUCUACAGGGAAUAUGCAAUGGCCACAGGUUGUUGUCCAGUCAGCAAGCCCAGUCUGGAGCAUCUCCUGUCUAAAAGCGGGAAAGGCAACGCGGUUGUUAUUGUGAUUGGGGGCGCUGCCGAGUCCCUGCUGAGUCUGCCUGGGGUCAACACCGUGGUCAUGAAGCAGAGGAAAGGCUUCGUCCGGAUGGCCCUGGAGUCUGGGGCUGACCUGGUUCCUGUCUACUCGUACGGGGAGAACAACAUAUUCCGCCAGGUGAUCUUCCCGGAGGGCAGUGUGAGCCAGAGGUUGCAGCAGCUCUUCAAGAAGGCCAUGGGCUUUGCCCCCUGCCUGUUUGUGGGUGAACGCUGGUUCUGGAUGCCUUACCACUGCCCUGUCACAACGGUUGUCGGAAGUCCUAUCGCAGUGCCAAAGCGGCCUUCCCCCACCCAGGAGGACGUUGACCACUAUCAUUUGCUCUACAUGGAGGCCCUGGCCAAGCUCUUCAGUGAACACAAGGUCGCUUGUGGUCUCUCAGAAAGCCACAAUCUGAGGAUUGUAUAGAGACCAAUUGGUUAGACUGACCGCAUUAGGACAUUAUAAAUGGCGGCCAGUGAGAUGUUGAU